GGCCACGGACCUGAAGACCGCGCACCAGGCAUCUGGGGGAGUUGAUCGGGGAGCAGCAGGGUCACAAAGGAGCUAAGCGGAGUCCCCGGGGGCAGUGACACAGGAGAGUGUCGGGGUACAAGCCCUUCUGUGUGCAGGGUGAAGGUGGCCGGAAUGCUGACGCUGGCGAGCAAACUCAAGCGGGAUGACGGUCUCAAAGGGUCCCGGACGUCGGCCGCAGCCUCCGACUCCACAAGGAGGGUGUCUGUGAGAGACCGGCUGCUCGUCAAAGAAAGGAGAAGAGCCUCGUUUCCCAGAAGGAAGUCACGUGACCGUGGAAUUGUGCAAGGUGCCAUGUGCCGCCCAGAAAGCCUGGCCAGUGUGCGGCAGAGGUGUUUGCAUCUCCCAACAGAGGUGGCGGAACUUGAAGCGAACCUGCCGUGUACGUGUAAAGUGCAUUUUCCUGAUCCAAACAAGCUCCAUUGCUUUCAGCUAACAGUGACCCCAGAUGAGGGUUACUACCAAGGUGGAAAGUUCCAGUUUGAGACGGAAGUCCCCGACGCGUACAACAUGGUGCCUCCCAAAGUGAAAUGCUUGACCAGGAUCUGGCACCCCAACAUCACAGAGACGGGAGAGAUCUGUCUGAGUUUACUGCGAGAACAUUCGAUCGACGGCACUGGCUGGGCUCCCACGAGGACGUUAAAGGAUGUUGUGUGGGGGCUGAACUCGCUGUUUACUGAUCUUCUGAAUUUUGACGACCCGCUGAACAUCGAGGCCGCAGAACAUCACUUGAGGGACAAGGAGGACUUCCGGAGUAAAGUGGAGGACUACAUCAAGCGGUACGCCAGAUGAUAGGAGGGGGACUGCGGGCCGGGCGCGAGGGUCACCCCAGCUCCCGGGGGCCCCCAGCGCGCCCUCUGCCCCGCCUGCUCUGCGGGUCCUGCGCCGCAUCCUGCCUCCGGAGGAGCCUCUUCGCGCCGCCUAGCCCCGGUAGGCGGAGAGCACCACCAAAUACAGCGAGGGGCGUGUCUGGGCUCAGGGCCGUCUGCUUCCCUUCGCCUGUUUACUCUCGUGAACCUGCGCUGUGCGGGGCCGGGGCGGGGCUCGGGGCGCGACAGUGAGCUGGGAACCGAGGAGGGCUUGAUCCUGCCCUGUCCCCACACCGCCUGCCCCUCACCCUGACCGGGGGCUGGCAGGUGGGCGGUCAGCCUGUGCCGGCUGUGAUUGGUCGCGCAGCCCCAGGCCCCGCCCACCGGCUCCCCAGAGUGCAGUCGUUCACUGUAGAUCUCACUGAAAGGCGCGCUUUAUUUAAUGUGAGUAUAUUUUGAAACAGAUUUGUAAUUUGUACAAUUUAAUGCUUUAAUUAUUUUUUUCUAUUCUCCUUUAGUUCGUAUUUUCAUUGUGUAAAGCAGACAGAUGUUGGGUCAAGCAACUAUUGGAGAAAAAUACAAAGAAAAUGAAAGACACAUUAUGCAUUCUGUCCAAAUGCAGCAAGAAUUUGGCCUUUAAACACCAGCUCUUGCUCUCAGGCCUAGGUGGGGCACAGGGUUGGAGACUGGAAGCUGGGCCUGGGUGGUGUGGAAAUGAGAGGCAGGGAGCCAGCCCUCUGUCACAUGGGGCUCAGAGGGGCCGUGCGGGGCCGGCUGGCCGGGGGCCAGGUGCAGCCGCUUGC